AUGGUAACCGCCGUCAGGAACACGGGGUCCUUCCAGCACCCCCUCAAAGAAAAGCUGCUCGGAGGAUCGAUGAUGAUGAUGAUGAAGAUGUCCAGCUACAAACGACAACCGCUGGAGGAGGAGGAGCUGUCCGACACCCCCGCAGAGGCGGCCUCAUCUCCCGACAUCGUGGAGGUCGACCAAUCAGGACUCUUCCUGCCAUCCAGAGACUAUUACCUCAACAAGACGGCCAAUGAGAAGGUGCUUGCAGCGUACCUGGACUACAUGGUGGAGCUGGGGAUGCUGCUGGGGGGCGAGAAGAGCUCCACCUUGGUCCAGAUGCAGCAGAUUCUGGAGUUUGAGACCACUCUGGCCAACAUCACUGUACCACAGGACCAGCGGAGGGACGAGGAGAAGAUCUACCACAAAGUGACCAUCGCAGAGCUGCAGGCUCUGGCUCCAGCUGUGGACUGGCUGGAGUUCCUGACGUCGUCCCUGUCGCCGCUGGAUCUGAACGACACCGAGCCGGUGGUCCUGUACGCCCGAGAAUACCUGCAGCAGGUGUCUGAGCUGAUCAACAAGACCGACCGCAGCCUGCUGAACAACUACAUGAUGUGGACCCUGGUUCAGAAGAGCGUGGCCACUCUGGAUCAGCGCUUCGAAAACGCUCAAGACCGCCUGCUGGAGAGCCUCUACGGGACCAAGAAGUCCUGCACCCCGCGCUGGCAGACCUGCAUCGGGAACACGGACGACACGCUGGGCUUCGCUCUGGGCGCGCUCUUCGUCAAAGCCACGUUCCACAAGCUCAGCAAGGAGAUCGCCGAGGAAAUGAUCAAUGAGAUCCGGUCGGCCUUCAAGCACGCCCUGGACCGCCUCAGCUGGAUGGACGAGCAGACGAGGAAGGCAGCGAAGGAAAAGGCCGACUCCAUCUACGACAUGAUCGGCUUCCCAGAGUUCAUCCUGGACCCCAAAGAGCUGGACGACGUUUACGACGGGUACGACGUUUCCGACGACAGCUUCUUCCAGAACAUGCUCAACUUCUACAACUUCUCAGCAAGAGUGAUGGCCGACCAGCUGAGGAAGACUCCCAACAAAGACCAGUGGAGUAUGACUCCGCCCACUGUUAACGCCUACUACAUGCCCACUAAGAACGGCAUCGUCUUCCCUGCAGGGAUCCUCCAAGCCCCGUUCUACGCCCACGACCACCCCAAGGCGUUGAACUUCGGCGGCAUCGGGGUGGUGAUGGGUCACGAGCUGACGCACGCCUUUGAUGAUCAGGGCCGUGAGUACGACAAAGAGGGGAACCUGAGGCCGUGGUGGCAGAACUCCUCAGUGGAGGCCUUCCGAGUCAGAACCGAGUGUAUGAUGGAGCAGUACAGCCGGUACACCGUCAAUGGAGAACACGUCAACGGAAAGCAGACUCUGGGAGAAAACAUCGCGGACAACGGCGGCCUCAAAGCAGCGUACCAUGCCUACCAAUCAUGGAUCCAAAGAAAUGGGCCGGAGAAUAGACUUCCUGCUGUCAACCUGACCAACGACCAGCUCUUCUUUGUGGGGUUUGCUCAGGUGUGGUGCUCUGUCCGGACCCCAGAGAGCGCUCACGAAGGCCUGAUGACCGACCCGCACAGCCCUCCCAGAUACCGAGUCAUCGGCACGCUGGCCAACUCUCCAGACUUCAGCCGCCACUUCCGCUGUCCGGAGGGCACGCCCAUGAACUCAGGGAAGCGCUGCGAGGUCUGGUAGAUGACAGAGGAGCGCCGGGUCAGGGGUCAGGGGUCAACGAUGGGUCUGGACGGGUCUGGAGAGCUGGUUCAGGUGCAGGCGGCGAGUCUGUUGGUUAGCGACAGUCAGCCUCACUUCCUUCCUGGAAACGGAGAAGACGAUGAAGCUGAUGCUCCAACAGCGUUAGCUCGGGGGGGGCGGGGUCCUGAUGAUGACAUCACUGUGAUGAGCUGACACCAUCUCACCUGUCCCUUCACCUUCAUAUGAGCAGAAGGUGCUCUCUGAUUGGCUGAUAGGAGGAAUGGAACACUAAUAAAUUCAGUCUGGAAAACUUUAUGGAUGAAUACUUUCAUUGAUAAAUAGGUUAGUUUUUUAUUUUCUUCCCGUUCCUCCUCCAGAUGCCGAUUUAGAAGCAGUUGAACCCGUAGAUAAACCAUGUAAAGACUUAAAAUGCUGAAUGAUACAAAUAUAUUUUUGUAAUUCCUGACAGCCGUUAGAUUAUCUUCAGAAUAUCAAGCUAACAUUUGUUUAUUGGUCUGGAUUUCUGCUGUCUGUUGGGUUCGUUCUUUCUGCUCAUCAUGUGAAGCGUUACGAAGCAGGAGGUGAAGGUCCAGCAGUCCAGAUGAAACUAUACUGUCCCUACAGGAAGCUAACGGCAGAGGAAACUGAAUUAUGAUGCCUUAAAGCCUCAGAACCCACAUGUUUUCAGUAUUAAAGUGUCUGAGAACCAGAUUCUCCAUGACAGUCUGACCACGGUUCAGGGACACGCCCACCGCCCGGAGCUUCAGCUGAAACGAUCAGGAGCCAAGAUGAUCACCGAAAGCUGAGAUGUUGACCAAGUGAGCAUGAAGCGGGGAUGUCAGGAGAGGGAAAUUAAAGCAGAAAAUAACAAAAAAAGAGUUUACAUUUAUUUAAAAUGUGUGUUGAGGCGAUCAGAAACACGACUCGGGGACUUUCAGUCCAGUUGGUGCAGAAACUUCCUCCAGCUGCUGCGUUAAGCUUCUUCCCUGAAGCUGCAGGUGACAGGAGCGCCAUCCCUCUGUUCCGUCAGUUUGUGUGUUUGUACGCGCUUUGCCUCUGAUGACUUCACUGUUUGGUCCCGCGCAGCUUCCGUAUCGUUUGUCCAGAAAAGCUGCUUCCUGCCAAAGACAGACGUGUGUGUGUGUGUUCUGGUCUGUCAGAUCUUGUGGGGACUGCUGACCGUUUCUAAAUGUGAGGACUUUGUGGAUCACGAUGAUGGGACCAAUCCUGGCUGUGAUUGGUGGGUUUCUUGAGCUGCUCGGAUUGGGUUCAGGUCCCUGAACAGGUCAGUAAACCCUGGGUGGACUGAGGCGAGGUUUCGGUGUGAAGUCAGUCCUGACAGGAACAGACGUGCCGAUUCCCCGAGCUGUUGAAUCAUCUGUGUGUGCAGUCGCCAAACGCAGAGCCACCAGUGUAAAUUAAAGCAGCGUGCUAACAAACUGUCCUGAAGGGGGCGCCCGUUCUCCAGUCCAGCCUCACUGCUGUCACAGAUGUCAGGAUCCUUUUAAGUUUGUUGUUAAAGGAUCUGUUUUCUUUCAGAAUGCAGAAAUAUAAUAAACACUGAACCCGCUGGA